AUGUCUCCUUCCCAGGCUUCCCAGCAGCCCACCACCAUCCUACAGCAGCUCCAUGCUGCCGUGUCAUUUCCCACUCCCUCCAUCCGGCCAGGACACGUCAAGCAGGGUGCGUAUGGUAGGCAGGCUGUCAAGAUAACUUUUCAGACAGAGCCCACGUCUCUGUUUCUCUGAGAUGUCUUUCUGUCUCCAACAUAUGCGUGCAAUAUUAUACAGUAUAUUUUCUCACCUCACUCGUUCUCUGUGUGUGUAUGUCUGUGUCUGUGAAACUGUGAAUGUCACUGCAGGUGCCAAUUGGACCAAAGGGCCAGAGCUCAACCAUCUAUAAUUGCAGUCUUGCUCUUUAUAGCGCUCCUUCUCCACCUCUAGCCUCACCAUUGUCUGUCUGUUGGUUGCUGAGGCCAGGGCAGUGAUAGUUUGCUCUGACUGACUUUCUGCUCCUCUUACUUUCAACUCACUUAUAUUGAGGUUCAUAUCAGCAUUGGCAUUAUUUCUGAUAUAAUUCAAUGAGUAGGUAGGAUUCUUCUCAUUUUGACAGAGUUGUACAAUAUAGUGUCGUUUUGCUAAAUGUUGCAUCAGGUUGUCGCCAGAGUACCCUGACAAGCAGCCAGUGGGCAAAAUCUGUAUUUUCAUAUUGCUGGAAUGAUGUCAGACAGAAAUUGAGGAAGGGAGAGGAUAGAACAUUUAGGAUGGCAGAUUUGAUUUAUAACUCAUGAUUGGACACCAUGCGGGUUGAAAAGGGUUGAUUGUCACCUAAAAGAUAAAGGACAACACAACAGACAUACAGAAGAAGUUAGCUUCCACGGAGGUGUAAAUAUGUGUGUGUGUAUAUAUAACGUUGCUCUCUGUUAUUCUCCAGACCUGGUGGAGCUGAUGAUGAUCCAGAAUGCCCAGAUGCAUCAAGUCAUCAUGAACAACAUGACCAUGUCAGCCCUCAGCUCAUUUGGCUAUUCCCAGCCCCAGCUCCACCCUCUGUCUACCCCUGAGGUACUGUCAUUUGGCCAUUCCCAGCCCCAUGGGAGUGGCUGACUAGUGUUUUUCUCUGCUCAAUAACAGGAGUAAUAAAGGCCUAGUUCAAUACUUUUGUGGGGGAACAUAAAAAAAAAAAAAAAAUCAAUUUAUCAGGGGGUGCAGCAGCACCCUCAGCACCCCUACUUCCCCCGGCUAUACCUCCUCCUACCUCUGAGGUACAGUCAUUUGGCUAUUCCCAGUCCCAUCCUCCUCCUACCCCUGAGGUACAGUCAUUUGGCUAUUCCCAGUUCCAUCCUCCCUAUACUCCUGAGGUACAUUUACUGUCAGUCACAUGUGCCAACUAUUCAUCCAGCCUGUCCGUGUGCAGCACACACAUCUUACAUUAUUAAUCUGAAAACAUGUGUUUCAGUAGGUAAAGAUAUUCUCAAUCUGAUAUGACAUUCUGGAAAAGUAAACAGACCGAGGUCAGAGUGGCUCCUCACAUUAGCUAAUGCACCUAAACGUUACUUUUGGAGUCUGUUUUGGGUCACACUGUUCCUAGUCAGUCUAGUGGUUGUGUUGAGGCUCCAUAAGCAGUUGGCCGUCCAACCCAUUGCAGUGGAGAGUGAGGAUGCACCCCAAAUGGCACCCUAUUCACUAUAUAGUGCACUACUGUGUCUGAAUGGGCUGUUUUUAUCCUCCCCUCCAGGCCAGCUGGUCCUCAGUGAUACUGCAGCAGCAGGAGGAGGAUCCAGAGGUGUACCACCACCACUACCAGCCUGCCCCGGCCUACCUGCCCUACCCAACCUGGGUGCCUCCACCCCAGCCUCACCCUAGCCUGGUCCACCACAACACCGCUGAACCCCUGGAGCUAGCACCCUCCCCACACAGAGACACCAUCAGGUGAUUCACAACACAACCCCAUUCAUAAUACCUACUGUACCCACACUUAUAUAGUCUGAUGUUGUGACACAAUGUGUGCCAGAGAUAACAAUGAUACAUAUGUGUGAUAUCAUCCAGGAGGGCAGUCCCACCUCCUCCCCCACCCAGCGCUACCAGGACUGUGGGGGCUGACAUACCUCCAGCAACAGGUACACUACUGGAACACUCUGUACAUCUCUGCUGUAUAUCUGUAUAACACAUAUCGCGGUACUAACGUUAACACAUGGGUGUCCAUAGCAGAACACCAGAUAAAACAUAGGGAGGGAGUUACCAUAGAAAUAGAAUGACUCAAUCAUCUGUGGUAUUGUACAUACAGAACAUUGAGCUGGGGGAUGGGAAGUCUCAAAGCCCUUAUUGAUCAUGUAAGGGGCUGUGUAACACUCUUCUAAUAUGUAGGAUAUAACCAUAGAGAUCUUAUUAAAUUACUACUACUACUAAUUGCUAAUUCUAUGGAUCCCACUAGCACCCUCUGUUAGAUAAUGUGAGAGUUAUGUGAUGCUGGUUGGAGGUGUUGGUGCUGACUACAAUAAGGAGGAUCACAAUGAUGCUGAUGAGGGUGCUGACAGUGAUGGUGAUUGCGAUACUGUGGGUUAUAAUGAGGCUGAUUAUACUAAACACUUGUGAAGAAUGUGUUCAUCAGAUGGUUUCCAAGUCUCUCUUUGUCUCUUGAAUGUGUAGAGUACUAUGAUGCUACGGAAUGA